UAAUUUGAUUUGAUAAAUAAAGCAAAAAUGAAUAAAGUAAUCUUCCUUCUACUCAUCUCUCUCGCUCUCCUCCCUCUUCACGUGUUUGUGGCGGCGCGUUACGACGGUUGGAGUCCCAUCAGCGACGUCAAAGAUCCUCACAUCGUGGAGAUCGGCGAAUUUGCGGUCUCCGAGUAUGAUAGGCAGAGCAAAUCUGGACUGAAGUUCGUGAAAGUUGUUAGCGGCGAGUCUCAGAUAGUCUCCGGUGUAAAUUACCGGCUUGUGGUGGCGGCUAAUGAUGACGUUAUAGCCGGUGGCGACGGCGCAAGCAAAACCUACGUGGCGAUUGUAUUGGAGAAGCCGUGGCUGAAAUCAAUGAAUCUCACUUUUUUCAAACCCACCAAUAUUAAUGGUCGCUUCCUAUGAUAUGAGUUUACAUGUGAUGAUGUAACCAAUCUUUUAUUUGUAGCAAAUAAGUUAACAUUAUCAAAGGAAAUGUUAAUAU